AUGGGGCGCAAGCGUAAGUUGCUGGGGGCAUCUGCAAGCUGUGAAGCUCAAGGAAAUUGUUCAGAAUGUGUGACGUCAGACAGAUUCAGUGAUCUUCCAGAUGAAGUUGCUCAUCAUAUCCUUUCCUUGCUCACUUUCAAAGACCUCACUCGAGUGGGUGCCGUCUCGAAAAGAUGCAGACAAUUACAUCUAUCAGUUCCGGUAGUAGAUUUUCGCUCACAUUGGCAUUGGCUGGGCCGGCGGGAAAACUACGUGCAUAAUCUGAGGCUGAUGAGUUCUAUGGAAAGAUACUUGUUAUGUCGUGGUGAUAACAGGAUGCAGCGCUUCUGCAUGGAUUGGAAUUUCUCUUUAACCAGAAGAGCAACGCAGGAUUAUUUUCGAGUCAUUACGUGGAUUCAUAAUGCACUAAGGUGUAAUGUUGAAGAGCUUGAUCUUUGUAUUUCUGGUGUGCCCUCGUUUUCGUUGCCACCCUUUCUUCCUCAAUCUUUGCGCUCUUUAUCAGUGCGUUUGAGUAUGGUAAUUUUCAAAACGCCGUCUCUAUCAAUUCCUAGUAAUCUCCGUUACUUGAAACUGGUAUUAGUUAAAAUAGAAGACGAGAGGUUUUUCAAAUGGAUCACAUGUUGCUGCAAAUGCAUUAAGCAGUUAGAGCUUGUUGAUAUUCAAGGGAUACGAAAUAUCACCAUUGAAAGUUCGUCUUUGGAAUACUUUCAUGGUUUCAUUCAAAAUGACAUCUUGCAUGUGAAUAUCUCUGGUGAGAAGCUUGAAGGGAUAGAUAUAUGUCUAUGGUUUCAUAGCUAUCAAGAAACAAGCAGCAAUUCACUGAAGAUUUUUGCUCCAAAUCUUAAAAACUUGAACUGGAACAGCAGCAAUGGGAGGUAUAGCCCAAAUCUGGGAAAACUAAAGAGUUUGGAAAAAGUUCAGCUUUUUUUAGACCCUUGGGUAAAUGAACUUGACAAGGUUCUUUGCAGUAUAUGCUCGGCAAAAGAUCUUAUUAUAAACGAGAGGACCAUUAAGGCUAUUUUCAAGGAUGGUUCCACGGCAGUACCAAUAUUAGAUAAUAUUUGUAACUUGACUGUGCAUUUUACGAGCUUGAAUGAUGACCUUGUUCCAGCUGUGGCCUCUCUUCUCAAAGGAAUGCCUAAUUUGAAUUUUUUGUCCAUGAAGACUACUAGCUCACUGAGCCGGGAUGCCCAAACUUCAGCUGGCUUUGGUAUAGAAUACUGGAAACUACAGAACCUUGCUUUUCUUCAUCAGCUGAAGGAGGUAACCAUAGAGUAUCCCAACAACGUGUCUAAUGAACUCGAGUUUGCAAGGUAUAUCCUCGAGCAUGCUCAAAAUUUGAAGAAAAUGGUCAAUCUUCUUCAUUUUGAAGAUACGCAAUUCGAAGUUGUAGCAAGGAUGGUGAGUAGGAGCAAGAUGAUUUCCACUGCCACAGUUGUCAUUGGCUUUCUAGGAUGUAAGAAAAGGAAGAAUCUUUGA